UGAAGUUACAUGAGGGCAGCGAUGUGUUAAAAUAUAACACUCUGUUUAUGGCGUCACCUUAUGGAAAAUAUCCCUGUACGGUGUCCAUUUUAGGACAUCCUAAGUUGUAAGCCAUAACUACGUUCUGCGUCACGCGAAACAGCAAUCUCCAUCAGGCGUCAGUCGCAACUGGACGCUGUUUCGUCUGACAGGGGACGGAGUUGCGGCUGACUGACGAUGUUCUAAAAUGGUUGCCGUAUGCCUGACAUAAAGCCAGCCCAACUCCCUAAGCUCUAUUGCGUCUAACCUUCUCUUUAGUUCAGUGAUAAACUACCAAACACGUGACCAGUACCGGGGAAAGCGAUUGGUGGGGCGGGAGCCGGAAGUGACGUAUUAUCAUUUCCGGGUUCGUCGCUGGAUGGAGGGACUGUAGCGCGAGUAGAGCUGCGUGUAAACGAAGUCUGUAGUGGACGAUUGAUGUUUUGUUCCUCAAUCCAUGGCUGAGAAAAUGCAGAACAAUAAUACUGGCAACCGGAAGUUCGUCCCAAAAUUUGCAUGCCCGAAAUGCAGCUUUACCUGUAAUUCUCAAAUAAAUUUUAGAAUACAUUCACAAACUAAACAUUCUCAAGAGAUACUACCCACGACAAAUGAAAAUUCCCAGAAACCCCCAACGACUCCUCCUAAAGCCAAAGAAGUCAUAAUACAGAAACCCCCAGUAGUUUACAGUAAUCCAAUUCCUCCAACAGCUGGGAUAAUACAGAAACCCCCUAUGGUUCAGAAAAGUCCCUUUCCUCCAAUCAGAAAAUGUCCUUUCCCUCUAGUACAGUUUACCCCACUUCAGAAAAGUCUUACUCCUCAGACCACAGCAGGGGAAAUACAGAAAUGUAAUCAAGGCAACCUGAAUUCACUCCUAAACCUAUACUCAUGGAAGAAUCCAAAACAGGGCCAGAAAAGUCUUGGUCCUCAAAUCACAGCUGCAAAAAUACAGAAUAAUAAUACAGGCAACCAGAAUGCAUCUAAUCAAGCAGCUCCAAACCCAAAUGUAUACGCAUUGAAGAAUCCCACAAUGGUUGAGAAAACUCCUGUUCCUCAAACCGCAACUGAAAAAAUUCAGAACAAUAAUAAAGGCAACCAGAAUGCUUUACCUAAGGCAACCCCAAAACGAAAUUUAAUAUCUAAAUUCUUAUGUAAGGAAUGCAACUUUACCUGUAAUUCUUUUCAAAAUUAUAAAACACACGUAGAAAAUGUGCAUGGCAAGAAGGAUGAUGAUGAAGACAUUCAGAAUUCGAGCGCAUUGAAAAAAGCAGAAACACCGAAGGUGACAGAAGCACUGAAGCCAGAUAAACCAAAGAGAGGAGCAAUGAUUUCUCAUCCAGAACCUGUAUUUGAGGUCAGCAGAAAAGAUAUUUUGAAGUUAAAAGAUUACUUAUCAAGAACAGACCGGGAGCCUCUUAUUGGUGUGGAAUAUGUGCUUGAAUAUCGAUUUAAAACAAAAGGAAAUCAAAUUGUAACAAAAUAUUUUUGUGAACUUUGUGAAUGUGACACAGAUGUAGACCCAAUGGUGGAGCACCUGGCUGGUUUUAGGCAUCGAAAACAAUAUUUGGAAAGAGAAUAUCCAUAUGUUCUCAAAGCUCAGGCUAGCAGUAAAGAAGAGAAGUCUCCAUUCAUAAGAAGAAUGGCUUUGGAGAUUGAACGAGAGGAGGGUACAAAGAUGUAUAUGGUUGAUUAUUCAGUGUGGACGGAAACUAUGAUGACUCUGAGGACAGCAAACAAAAAAAUUAGAAAGAAAACAAGAUGGGAUGAUGACAGGAAUGAUCAAAAUAGAAUGGCAAAAGCUCUAAAGUUUCUGGAAUCAUUUGAGGUUGAAAGUGAACUUGAGGCAACAACUAUAGCAAGGCUCUGCGAGAGGCUGUCAGAUAACCUAAAAAUGUUUAAUAACAAGACAAAGGAAGAUUCACUUUUUCCAGCCCGGGUUGCCAGAGCACAAGAUGUGGCUAUGUCCUUGAUGAGGAAUGCUGCCAAACAACGUACAUAUGUGCAGAAUCUAGCCCAGCUGAAUUUUAAACCUAAAAUUUCAAUAGUUCUUAACAAAGGACAACAAGCUCUUCCAGAAAACGAUGAUUCAAUAUCAAAUAUGUCAAAGGUACCUCCACAACAACAAUUUGUUUCAACAUUUGUUCCUGUAAACAAUAAACAAGGAAUGCAUAGACUAGAACAUGAUUCUGCCCCAAACAUGUCCCAAGAAGAUACUCAGUUUUUUAAGAGAUUAAUGUCAUUGCUUGAAGCUCUCCCACAAAAUGCCUCAGUUUCUGACCAUUCAGAAAUGAAUUCAAAAUUGCUGCUGUUGAAGUCAUUGUUGGUAAGCCAAAAGAGUGAAGAACGCGAACGGGCAAAUCAGCAGUUGAUGAGGCAGGUUGCCUCUAUGGUGCAGGAUACAAUAAGCGCACAAAGUGCUUCUCUAAAUCAACAACUAAUGAUGUUAAUGACCUCUCAGAACAGCACGGCUAUGGUCAUGCAAACAGCUUCCCUUCGAAAUAAUUCAAUGCAGCUAAAUGACAAUGCAAUAAUAAAUAGUGCUGGUUUAGUUCCUGGUAUGCAGAGUUCAGCAAAUAUGCAGAUGAGUAUGAAUUCAUUGAUGCCUUUAAACCAGAAUCUUGGGAGCCAAGUGUAUGGACAGAUGGGAGAAACUGCUCCAAGGCCAGUGGCUAUGGAUAAUUAUCAAGCUUCACGUGUUGAAAUGCAAAACUAUCCUAGCACAUCACAAAACUAUGACAAUGUUAGGUAUGAUGCUUCAAUGGAAAGAAACUAUUUACCAAAAGGAGAUCCAUUUAUGAGUCAGCCUGAUGGGCCAAAUAAACAGAUGCCUAUUUCUAAAACUAAUGUGGGUUAUGAACCUAGAGUAUAUGACAAAGAAUGGGAUGACACCUAUUAUGAUGACCCCUCAGCUCAAGUAUCAGAGUCUAGAUAUGGUAAUCGUACUGGAAAACAAGCACCUUAUACUAGAGUGACCCUUUCACCAAGUUCUCCACGAAAGCGUUAUGACAGUUAUGACACAAGAGGGGAAAUCGGAGUGGAAGAUAUGAGACACAGACAUAGCUUAAGAGACUAUGGUUCCUCUGAUUGGGAUGACCAGGAUGAUAUGCGCUAUACUAAGCGGGCUCGACUUGACGCAGAUAACAGAGGUGACCAAUCAGAAAGUUAUCAUAACCAGUCACUUGACUCUCUUGGUAUAAAUACAGCUGGAAUGCCAGAGGAGCUCCUAAAGAGGAUUAAAGGAAAGGAUUUGUUCACUGCCUCAGCAAUUAUUAGCGAGUAUUCAGAAAGACGUUCUGGAAAAUAAGCAUAUGAAAUGUUGCUACGGACAGCCUCAAGAACAUAAGCCACUGUCCGUUCUUCAUAAAGAGUCCUGAUUGUCCACCAUGCGAGGAGUUUUAUAAAUCAAAUAAGUCUUGCCUAGUUUUAUGUAAAAAUUGUUUAUAUGUUUUUUUAAGUAGGGCAAAUCGUCACAUUUACCCACAGUUAGCGCUUUCAUCUGACAGAAGAAGCCUAAUUUUGCUGAAUAGAAAAAUGCAUGCGGAUGCAGGUAGAUGUGAACACAGCAUACGUUUUUGUUUUCUCUUCCUUAGACAUGUACAGGCAUUUAUAGGAACAUCCUACAGCGGUUGAUGUAAAGUCUUUUGUUGUGUUUCCUUUUUGUCGUUUUGUAAUUCACUUGUAAGCAACAGCUGGUGACAAUAUAUAUUGAUUAAAUUCUCCUUGGAUCCUG